UCUACUGGGAGUGGAGGAAUAAUAAGAUGGAGACAGUGGCUUCCCUGGUGGCACAGUGGUUGAGAGUCUGCCUGCUAAUGCAGGGGACACGGGUUCGAGCCUUGGUCUGGGAGGAUCCCACAUGCCACGGAGCAACUAGGCCCGUGACCCACAACUACUGAGCCUGCGUGUCUGGAGCCUGUGCUCCGCAACAAGAGAGGCCGCCAUAGUGAGAGGCCCGUGCACCACAAUGAAGAGUGGCCCCCGCUUGCCACAACUAGAGAAAGCCCUCGCACAGAAACAAAGACGCAACACAGCAAAAAUAAAUAAAUUAAUUAAUAAACUCCUACCCCCAACAUCUUCUUUAAAAAAAAAAAAAAUAAGAUGGAGACAGGAGUCCUCACCCUGGAGUUUAUGCACUGAUGAAGCACAGAUAAGUGGAAAUGUGAUGUGAAAAUUCAUAGCUAAAGCCUAGUUGUAAUCCUUUGGAAUCCCUGAGCAGAGUAGGAGGAGAUUAUGGAAGGUUUCCCAGAAGUAGGAGUUUGAAGGGAAGGCAGAAGAGCAUAUGCAAAGGCAUCAGGCUGUGAAAUGGCCUGAUCUAUUUUGGCAGCCAUCUCUAGGGUCUGAAAUAAGAUGGAGUAGGAGUUAGAAGCAAGGGACCCAUGAUUGAAGAGCCUGAUGGUGAAAGAUGGGGGCCAAGCAUCCAGGCUUUUGAUGGGAGCCCUCAGUCUCUCCUGUUUUUGUCAUCCACAGAUCUGGCAUAUCCUCCUGCUCAUAAUGAGAAUAGUUCUGCUCCAAUUAGCCAAGGUGAACCUCAUGGACAUCACCAAAAUCUUCUCCCUCCUGCAGCCCGAUAAGGAGGAGGAGGACACCGACACGGGGGAGAAGCAGGCUCUCAAUCAAGCAGUGUACAACAAUGACUCUUAUACCUUGGACCAGCUUUUGCGCCAGGAGCGUUAUAAACGAUUCAUCAACAGUAGAAGUGGCUGGGGCAUCCCUGGGACACCCUUGCGCUUGGCUGCUUCUUAUGGCCACCUUAGCUGCUUGCAGGUCCUCCUGGCACAUGGUGCUGAUGUUGACAGCUUGGACGUCAAGGCACAGACACCACUUUUUACCGCCGUCAGUCAUGGCCAUCUGGACUGUGUGCGUGUGCUUUUGGAAGCUGGUGCUUGUCCUGGUGGUAGCAUCUACAACAACUGCUCUCCUGUGCUCACAGCUGCCCGUGAUGGUGCUGUUGCCAUCCUGCAGGAGCUCCUGGGUCAUGGUGCAGAGGCCAACGUCAAGGCAAAACUACCAGUCUGGGCAUCGAACAUAGCUUCAUGUUCUGGACCCCUCUAUUUGGCUGCAGUCUACGGUCACCUUGAUUGUUUCCGCCUGCUUUUGCUCCAUGGGGCAGACCCUGACUACAACUGUACUGACCAGCACCUACUAACUCGAGUCCCACGGUCCCGCACCCUCCUCGAAAUCUGCCUGCACCAUAAUUGUGAGCCAGAGUACAUCCGGCUGUUAAUUGAUUUUGGUGCUAACAUCUACCUUCCAUCUCUCUCCCUGGACCUGAACUCACAAUAUGAUAAGGGCACUGCAUUGCUGCUACAGGCCCGAGCCACUCCACGGUCACUACUAUCACAGGCUCGUUUAGUCAUCCGCAGAGCCCUGCGCCACACCAGCCAGCCACAAGCCAUCGACCAGCUGGAUAUUCCUCCUGUGUUGAUUAGCUAUCUUAAACACCAACUGUAACCUUGCAGCCUGCCCAGAAACACACAAUGCCUCCAAAAAACCACCUGGGGACCCAGGUAGCUUGAGGGCACUACAGCUCUACCCACUCGUCUGAAGCUGCUCUCCUGUAUUAUCCUCCACAAUAAAAUCCUCAACAAAAUAAA